UACCAGCAUUAUUCUUAAUACAAUCUCCGCGCUGUUUAUCCAAAAAUGAAUCCGUCUGAAUACUUGAAGAAAAAUCGAGCGAAGCUCAUCAAAACAUUUUUCUGUUAUGUUUCAUUUUUCGGUUUGGGUGGUUGCUGUAACCUUUUAGGUUCAUCAUUACUUGAUUUAUCAAUAAGCCUGAAUGCAGAAUUCAAGGAAGUAUCCGGCCUGGUUCCAAGUCGAUCGAUUGGUUAUCUUAUUGGUGCAGUGUUUUCUGGUUUUGCUGAUAAAUUUGUUGGACCUGAUAUGGUGCUAUUUUUAACCAAUUUCACGGCUGGAAUAUUCAUUGCCUUGGCUCCAUGGUUUAAACAAUUUGAAGGCGUCUAUGCUUGUCUACUUCUAUCUGGAAUCUCGCAAGGAAUCUUCGAUAUUUAUACAAAUACUUAUACCCUUGCUAUUUGGGGAGAUAAGGCAACUAAUUAUGUUCAAAUAUUGCAUGGUUCCUUUGGUCUAGGAGCACUAAUAACUCCGUUAGUGAUCAAACCAUUUUUAUUACCAUUGGUUCAAAACGAAGGAAAUGAAACUCAAAGCGAUGCCUUUCUUGGCGAUUACACGCCAGAUGAUGUUAUGGUUCAAUAUCCCUUCAUUAUUAUCGGCGUUCUCCUGAUUUUUGCAUCAAUUGGUUUCUUAGUAUUUUAUUUCAAGGAAAGAUCCUCGGAGAAAGAUAUACAAUCAAUUGAUGUAAAAUCUGACGUUAACCAUCCAACUUGGAAAAUAGUUGUCUGUUUGACUACUUUGGCAUUGACAGCUAAUGUAACAUUUGGUGUGGAAGUUUUAAUCGGUUCCUUGGCUCCUUCAUUUGUUGUCAUCUCAGAUCUCAAGAUGAGCAAACAAGAUGGUGCUAAUAUGGUCGCAAUGUUCUGGAGUCUUUUUACAUUUUAUCGACUAUUUUUCAUCGCAGCUACAAACUGUAUAAAAGAGCGUUACAUGAUGUACUUCAAUUAUUGUAUCAUGAUGACAGCCGUUGUUUUGAUGUGUAUAAGUGGAGCUUAUAAUCAAACCAUAGCAUGGAUAUCCAUUGCUCUUCUUGGUAUCGGGUUCUCGCCAACAUUUUCAGCGUCACUCGGUCUUUUGCAGAGAUACAUAAAUAUUACCAACAAAUAUGCUUCUGUCAUUUUCAUCACAGCGGCUGUUGGGGAAUCAAUCCACCCCUGGAUUGUCAGCAGAUUCAUGGACUCGAUGCCCGCAAUUUUCAUUUAUUACACAGCAGCUGUAUCUUUUGGUCAACUAGCAUUGUGCUUUAUUUUACCCUUCAUUCUUAAGUCAAUCUUCAGAAAAGGUAUCAAGCUUCCUCUUGAUAGAUCUGCUUCAAUCAGAUCAAGUCAACGGUAAUGGAUUUGUGAAAAAUUGUAAUCAUUGAGUUCCUUCAGGCAUUUCGUUAGAGUUUAUUUAAAACUUUGAAGUAAUCUUUCGCUGAUGUACAAUUGUAGCUGAACCAUCCGUUCCCUAUUAUCGCGUAUUUGGAAAGAAAAUUUUUAAUUGAAAAUAAAAAACGACUUUUCAUCGCACGUAAA